AUGGAAGAAGCACAAGUUGAGGUAAGAAGAGUGUUUGAUGGAAAGGGAGAAAAUAGGGAGAGAUGUCAAAUCAAUGGAUAUGAGAUCCCAGCAAAGACUAGAAUUGUUGUCAAUGCUUGGGCAAUUGGAAGAAAUCCGAGGUAUCGGAUCGAAGCGGAUAGUUUUAAACCUGAGAGGUUUGUUAAUAGCCUAAUUGAUUUCAAAGGCACAGACUUUGAAUACAUACCAUUUGGUGCUGGAAGGAGGAUGUGUCCUGGCAUUGCAUUUGCCAUACCCAACGUUGAGCUGCCUCUUGCUCAGUUACUUUACAAUUUUGAUUGGAAGCUUCCCAAUGGAAUGAAGAAUGAAGAACUCAAUAUGACCGAGUCAUUUGGGAUUACUGCAGGAAGAAAAUAUGAUCUAUGUUUGAUUCCUAUAACUCGUCGUACUUAA